UCCCCCACACAUCGCGCGUGGCUUGUGUAGGAAGUGGGAGCUUCUUUCGCCCAUCUUACGCGUUUUCCGUUUGGAAAAUGGGCACCGGCUGUCAUUUGAUAGAUAAAUUGUGUUUAUAGAAAAAGGGAAAUUAGUUUGAAAGAUAAUUAAUAUUUUAAGUUUAAUAUUAAGCAGUAAUGAAAUUAUAUAACGGUAUAAUAGUUUGAUAGAAUCGACGCCGAGUAGUGUUGUGUCCUAUGUAUUGUAUUAAGAACGAUGCCUUUAACACAGUGCCAUGAAAAUCUAUGUUGUCUCGCUGUUUACAUUUUUUAUUCUUCAUUCAAUCUUAAAUAAAUUCGAGGAUUAAACGUUUUAUUAAGCUAUUAUUAUAUAUUUAUUGGCAUUGGGGUGGGGGGUAAGUUAGUUACUGCAGUUGACAGUUUUAUCCGUCACGUCGCAUCCCACAUAUCGAGGACUCCCAAUCUUUUUACUCCUACACACCACCACUCAUAUUGAAGCUUGCUGGAUUUCUUGCGGCAAGAUAUAACAGAAUGGGUUCCAGUCAACAAUUUUCUCUUAGGUGGAAUAAUUAUUUAAGACAUAUUACUUGUGCUUUUGGUACGUUAAGGACAGAUGAAGAUCUCGUUGAUGUUACAUUAAGUUGCGAGGGCAAGCGGAUCAGAGCACACAAAAUGCUCUUAUCGGCAUGUAGCACAUAUUUCAGAGAUCUUUUUAAGGAAAAUCCAUGUCAACAUCCGGUCAUAAUAUUUCGUAAUGUAAAAUUUGAUGACCUAGCAGCCUUGGUAGAUUUUAUGUAUCGAGGCGAGGUUAAUGUUGUUCAAGAGCAACUUACUAGCUUUCUAACAACAGCUGAAUUGUUAGCCGUUCAAGGUCUCACCGAUGGUACAGGGAAAGAUAAAGAUGGUUUGGUUGAGGAUGAUUUGGAAAUUCCCAACGAACCAGAAAUACAACUACAGAAUUCUUCUAUUAAAUCUACAGUCGAUACCAAAAGAAGUAAAUCACCUUCUUCACCGAUGCCAUAUCAUGCAGUUGAAUUACAAACCGGAUCACCACCUACUAAGAGACGAAAAUGUCGUGAUAAUACCAACACUAAUACGGAUAAGACAGUUAGCAGCACAUUAUCUGGAAAAGACUCUGACAACAAGAUAUCAGAUAAUCAAACACUAUCUGGCUCAGAUCCUGUUGAAAUAAUUCCAUUAAUGCCCAAUCUAAAGCUAGAAAUGCCUGAAUAUUUGGAACAAGAUGGCAGUAGUUGCAGUUAUGAAGAACAAAGCAUAGGAGAUAGUUCAUUGAACAAAUUUGGAAUUGAAGAUACACCAUCUAACACACCUGAUCAUGAUCAAAAGCCGGACAUUACUCAAACUUUUUAUACUAGUACUCAUUCUGUUUCUGAUAGUUUGGAUGGUAAACAUCAGUUGGCAGACGUUGGACACCUACUAUCAAAGCCCAGUACUUCAGGAGAGAGGUUAGCACAGGAAGCAGUACAGGGGGGGGUGGGACGCAAUUGGAAGCAUGUUGGCGAUACAACUGGUCAAGUGGUGAUGCAGGGUCCAGGAUGUUUUUCCUGCAGACUCUGUGGAAGCGUUUACAAGCACCUUGCUUCGCUGACCCAGCACCUCGAAGUGCAUCGCAACCAGACGACCUGCAUCCUAUGUCACACCACUCUCAGUCGUAGAACCGACCUGCGACGUCAUAUGCGUCUGAAACAUAACAUGCAAUGGCAAAAAACGAUGCAGAGGCAACGCAGUCCGAAAAAAAAAUUGGACUCGUAAUUUUGAAUGACCACCCACCACCUCCUCGUUAGAUUUUUUUUUUUUCCUUUUCUUUUAUUUACUUUAUUUAAUUUUAUUUUAUCG